AUGAAUGCAGUCAUGAUUCGAGGAAUUUCUGCUGAAGUGAUGGAGGAUUGGCAUUAUAACCAAAUAGACGCACUGGUAAAGUUCGGAAUGGCGGUGAGUGAAACUACUUUUUUUCUGAUAUGUAUGUGUGUGACAGGGCCAGGCAAAAGGCCGGCUCAGGCUUUUCAAAGGCCUUCCGAGGACUGGACAUCCGAUCGGAUUCAAACUUUGAAGGCUUCCUAGCCUUGGAUUGAAGUAUAUUGGGUCCAAGUGUUAGACUGUUUGGAUUAUCUGGUCUAGAGAUAUACUGGAGGCCAAAAAGGCCGGGUUUUUUUUGGUUACAACAAAAGUUACGACCUUUCCGGCCUCUGAUCCACGAAAAGCUUGGGAAAAGCAGCGUUUGUCCCCUUGCCCAGUGUGUGUACACUUUUUUCUUUAGGAAACCGAGUUCGAGUACGACCGAUCGCAAUCAACCUUGGAGAAAUAUCAGUAUUAUCGUCAUCGUUAUGUGAUUUUUGCCUCUUUGAUUCGUAAUGCUGUUGGACCUGACGAUGAGGUAUCCGUAGUUCAAACCCGUUAUUCUCACGUGUGCAUUCCAGUACCGUCAGCACAUCUGGCACACCCUAGAACACUUGCUGGAGAGGAAUGAGGCGCGGUUCCGGGAUCAACUGGCCAGACAUCGAAACUUCUGGAACAUUCCCUGA